GCUUUCCAUGACCUAAGUUGUUUUCGGCGCGAUCUCCAUCUCUCAAAAGCCUUUCUGCGAACAAUUGCCAUAAAUCCCACUCUUCUAACACUUCUUCCUAGCUUGCCUCGAGAUUUCGGUUUUGAGUGCCGGUGUAAAUCUAUAUCCAUUUCGCAAUGGCGAUAGAAAGGAUUCUUAAAGACGAUGCUAGUGAAGAGAAAGGAGAGCGUGCCAGAAUGGCAUCUUUUGUUGGUGCUAUGGCCAUUGCUGAUCUUGUCAAGACAACACUGGGUCCUAAGGGGAUGGACAAGAUCCUGCAGUCUACUGGAAGAGGUCAAUCAGUGACUGUGACCAAUGAUGGAGCUACCAUCUUGAAGUCUCUUCACAUUGACAACCCCGCAGCCAAAGUUCUUGUUGACAUUUCAAAAGUUCAAGAUGAUGAAGUUGGGGAUGGGACAACUUCUGUAGUUGUUUUGGCUGGUGAACUAUUGAGGGAGGCUGAAAAACUAGUUGCAUCAAAGAUCCACCCAAUGACCAUUAUAGCAGGUUUGCUCCGGGCAUUUCACCAUUGCAUUUGGGUUCUCUCCUCAGUUCAUGAUCAAAUUGCAGAGAAGUUCAAGAUGGACUUGAUGAAGAUUGCAAAGACAACUUUGAGUUCAAAAAUAUUAUCACAAGAUAAGGAACAUUUUGCCAAGUUGGCUGUUGAUGCUGUUUUGAGGCUAAAGGUGAAGGGUUUAUUACAGGGCAGCACAAACUUAGAAUCCAUCCAAAUUAUCAAGAAGCCUGGUGGUUCCCUUAAGGAUUCAUUCUUGGAUGAAGGGUUUAUUCUUGACAAGAAAAUCGGAAUUGGACAACCAAAGCGGAUUGAAAAUGCCAAUAUUUUGGUGGCCAACACUGCAAUGGACACGGAUAAAGUAAAGAUCUAUGGUGCGCGUGUUCGUGUUGAUUCAAUGGCUAAGGUUGCUGAUAUUGAAGCAGCUGAAAAGCAGAAGAUGAGAGAAAAGGUGGACAAGAUCCUAGCCCAUGGGAUUAAUUGCUUUGUUAACCGGCAGUUGAUUUACAAUUUCCCCGAAGAACUCUUUGCAAAUGCUGGAGUACUUGCAAUUGAGCAUGCUGAUUUCGAUGGGAUUGAACGGCUAGCUUUAGUUACAGGUGGUGAAAUUGCCUCAACUUUUGACAAUCCUGAGUCUGUUAAGCUUGGACACUGUAAGCUUAUUGAGGAAAUUAUGAUUGGAGAGGACAAGCUAAUUAAAUUCUCUGGCGUUGAGAUGGGCCAGGCAUGCACUGUUGUACUGCGGGGUGCAAGUCAUCAUGUGCUCGAUGAGGCAGAGAGGUCACUACACGACGCCCUCUGUGUGUUAUCACAGACCGUGAAUGAUAGCCGGGUUUUGUUUGGAGGCGGAUGGCCAGAAAUGGUGAUGGCUAAGGCAGUAGAUGAGCUUGCUCGAACGACCCCGGGGAAGAGGUCUCAUGCCAUUGAGGCUUUCUCCAAGGCUCUAGUGGCUAUUCCAACCACCAUUGCAGAUAAUGCUGGUUUAGACAGUGCUGAGCUAGUAGCCCGGCUUAGAGCAGAGCACAACAAGGAGGAAUCUAAUGCUGGGAUCGAUGUCAUCUCUGGAUCUGUAGGAGAUAUGUCAGAACUAGGGAUUUCAGAGGCAUUCAAGGUUAAGCAAGCGGUACUGCUUUCUGCAACUGAGGCUGCCGAAAUGAUCCUCAGGGUAGAUGAGAUAAUCACUUGCGCGCCACGAAGGAGAGAGGAUAGAAUGUAAAACAUGAUUGGGCCUGUUGUUUCUCUCUGGAGGAAUGGGGCUCUUGCCAUUUUGGCCAAUCAAUCUUAUGCACUGAAUUGUUGUUUAACCGUCAGAUUGUUGAACUGAUCACUUCCCCAAUCCUCCCCCAGUUUUUCGUGUGAUGUUGGUAUCUGUUGCGGUAUGGAACUCCAGUUUUUGUAUUGAUCGAAUUCUAAAUUCGUUUAUUAACAUGUGAACAGUGUCGUGUCUACAUAAUUUUGGUCUUCGAAAGUAGCUGCGAUCACUUCCCUUUGUUAUUCUUACGAUUUAAUGUCAGCUGAUAGUUGUUUCUAUUAGUUAAGAUAGGAAUUUGCUGUAGUUACAGUAACUGCGAUACUCUGAUGGUAGAGGACUUGUCAAGUUGUGGUAGGGAACUUCAUAAGUCGACAAUGAAGCUUUAGUAACAUUAAGAUGCUUAGGCAGCC